CCGUAUGUGUGCAUGUGGGUACGGACACUGUGUUGUAAAGAUUUCCUGUUCUGCAAGAAACCCUGGUCGUGCGUACUACCAAUGCCCUUGUGGAGUGGUGAGUACAAGCACGUUUCCUUUUACAUUUCCUUCUUAAACCGUUACUAAUUUUUUUUUUUAACCUCAGCCGUGUGUCAGUUGGAUUGGGUGGUGUGACGAAUUUAGGCGCCAAAGGGCAGCUGAGAAUGACACACAGAAUGUCACUCGUUUUGAGGGUCGUUUCCGUGACAUUGAACAAACUUUGCGUGUACUUACAGUAGUGACAUGUGUCCUUUGCAUCGUCGUCAUUAUUUUGCUGUUUCGGAUGUGAGAUAUGUAACAAUGGUAGCAACCGUACCUUAAUUUUGUUAAGCGCAUUAUGGUUUGUGGCUGAAAAAAAAUUAUGAAUGUCUGUUUUGUUCGUAAACAUGUAUUUUCCAUCUAAUUCCGCUACUGUUUGUUUUUGUUUCAAGUAGUAAUGUCUUUAAAUGAAUCUAUUGGGCUAUAUUUUCUGUCUAACACCACAUUUCUGACAUAAAAUUGUGUUCCUCAUAUUGGUAAUACGCACAAUUAUUAGUGUAUACAUAUUUUUAUGUUGGUUCCCGUGUCACACUAUUGUUAGUCGCAUGGCGUCACAUCGAUCUACGCCUCGUACCCCUUCCGGAAAAGGGAAACGCCAACAACCCUAUCAUAAAGCAACUUGGGAUGGGGAGUCGACACGGAUUUUAUUGGAACUGGUUGUGAAGGAAAUUGAAGCAGGAAACCGGCCACACAUGUCAAUCACUCCAAACGGGUACCGUUCGUUGUCUAAGACAUUUGAGGCAGCAACUGGGCGGCUGCAUUCCCUCAAACAACUUAAAAACAGGUACAAUCUGUUGAAGACCGAGUGGCGUGCGUGGUGUAAGCUAAUGGAUUGCCGGAAAGGCCCAACUGGAAUUGGCUUUGACCAAGUAACUGGGCUGUUCAAUGCUUCGGCUGAUUGGUGGGCUAAAAUGGAAAAGAUUGACAAUGUAUGUUGCAAGUUCAGAACCAAAACCUUGGACCAUCCGGACUUGAUGGAGCGCGUCUUCACUGGCGCUGCGGCUACGGGAAAAAAUGCAUGGACACCCGGCGAGACUCGUAACGCAAUGGAGUUGGACGGAGAGUCGGACAGUCCAGAAUUUUCAAGUGACAGCAAUGACCUACGCGCAUCGGAAAUGGCAGCCAUGAUGAACUCUGCGCACAUCAAUGCCACAGCUAGUGGAAGUAAGCGGAAGCAUUCCUCGGGGAAAACAUUGCAAAACAAGCGCAUUACGGGGGCUGAAGCGUUGGCAAGCAGCAUGGACGACUUGCUAAAUUCUGUGAAGACUCAGAGCAAGGAAUUAACUGUCAACCAUGUCGUCGGGGGCCAUAGUAUUACUAUGGGACAGGCUGUUGGACGGCUGUACGAAAUACAGGGACUAGAGCCUGAAGAUGAACUUCUCCAUUUUGGAGUCAUGCUUAUGGAGGUUCCGAACAAUCGGGAAAUGGUAAUGAGUAUUCCCACGGACCGAGGCAUAAUCGGGUGGCUACGAGCGAAGAAAGAAGACAAAGAUAGGAGUAGGGGUGUCACUCUUGCGAGUUUGCUGCGGAAUCAAGGAGUUCGAUUUUAAAUCUGCUAAAUGAAGGACUUUGAUUUAUAAUUUCAGUUGAAUUCUGACCUAUUUUUUUUUCGUUUGUUGUGUUUAAUUUUAGUUGAAUUGUGGUUUGAAGAUGGUUUGGGCAUGGGUCGUGCCUCUGGCUUACGGAACCUUAAGAAUUAAAAUGGGGAUAUGUUUGUGGUAUUUUAUGUUUUGUUAUGCUAUAAUGGCUGCA